AUGGCUUCCGAGUCGUCUCAGGUCGAUAUGGCCACCCCUCAGGCGGGAAAAGCAGACCAUGAUGCCGCCACAGCUGAGGACAGCGCAAAGAGGAAAGCGGAACAGACCAACGGAACUCACACGCGCACAAAGCGGAAUCGCUACAUCUCAAUCGCCUGCAAUGAAUGUAAGCGACGCAAGAUCAAGUGCAACGGUCAAGUGCCAUGCCAACGCUGUGGCCAUCUGAAUCUCGAGUGCCGAUACGCCCCCAAUUGCUGCAACAAUAACUUCAAGGAUUCCGAAGAGUUCCGUUCGAUGAAAGAUCAGAUCACAACUCUGCAGGAACAGGUGAACAGUCUCUUCAGCAGUCUGAAUGAUCUUCGGAGUCAAAGAUCAUCUUUGGACUCGCCGAAUCUCGAGAACAUCUCUCGAGAUGGCUCACAGUCGGUCUUUACACCGAUGCAAGCGGCCACCGUCAGACCUCGCGUAAGACAUCUACGGUUUCAUGGUCCCACUAGCUCCGCCUUCAAUUUCGAUGUCGCCAGAUCCAGUCUUCAGAACAUGGGCAUUGCACCCGCCGAAGAAGUCAUGAAUGACGAUCUGACAACGGCCCAAGCCACGCCGGCCGCUUCGCCGCCUGCUCAGCAGGCUGUAUUUACACAGCCCAUACAUCCGACCAAAGAUCCGAUAUGGGCAAUCAAACGGGAGGAGGCUCUACGACUAUGUCACGUCUACGAGGAAGAAGUCGGUAUUAUGUAUCCGCUUGUGGAUAUUGAGAAGGUGACCAAUCAAGUCAACCUCCUAUAUACUUUCAUGGAAGCUGCAAUGCGGACUGGCUUGGCGCAGCGAGCAUUCCCGGGCUCAGAUGCCCUUCAUGAUGAUAAUACAAUUCUCCUCAAGAUGAUUCUCGCCAUAACGUUGAUCAUAGAGGGGAGCGGGCGAAGUGAUCUGGGCCAACGUCUGUUCCUGAGUGUCAAGCCUGUCAUUGAGGCUAAGCUUUGGGGACCGAUCGACACCAAGACCAUCCAACUCUUUGGCAUGGUGGCAACCUACCAUUUCCACACGGAUGACGAUGCGAUGGCCUACCGUGUGAUAGGAUUCGCUGCACGUAUGUGCCUUGAACUGGGUCUGCACCGACGGGAGGCGUUGAUGAAAUCCUUUCCGAACGAGGAUCAAUGGUCUGACGUCACCAAGAUCUUCUGGACGAUCUACAGUUUGGAUAGACGCUGGAGUCUGGGUACCGGGCUACCCUUUGUCAUUCAAGAUGAGGAUGUCGACCCUAACCUCCCCGAGCCUGACGGAUCGUUGCCUUACUUGAGGUACAUACGCAGAGAUGAGAUCGGGUAUCUGGACUACCAGGUUCUCCAGUGGUACAAGCAGGUUCCAGAUGCGUUGAAAUUUUACCCUGGCGACUCUCCGAAGCAUGGCGAGACGGCCAGCCGGGGUUUGCGGCGGCUACGGGUGCUGCUGUACUUGCGCAUGAAUCAGCUUCGGAUUCUCAUUUAUCGGCCCGUACUACAUUCUUCUGCAAGUAUCGCCGAAGACAAAGGUCAUGCUCAAACGGUGGUGGAUGUCGCCAAAGAUACAGUUCGAGUGCUCACACAGCUUAACCAUGCUUCUGACAUCUAUCGCACUCAACAAAUUACCUUCAACUACUUCCUUGUCGCCGCUCUCGCGGUGCUCUUUCUGGCCGUAUGUCACGCGCCAAACGAAUUCAACCGACAGGUGCGGGACGAGUUCUACAUGGCACUCGAUCUGAUCAACGGAUUCAGUACAAAAUCGUACGUAUCAAAGCGGCUCUGGAAGACAAUCAAGAGUCUGAGAAUGAUCGGGGAACGGCUGGGCGUGCUGGCGCGCCCGUUCGGCUCGGACUCGAACGACCCCCAUUCAACGGCUGCUGUCGCCAUGGCGGGCCUGGCGGGCCAUUCGAUCGAGGAUCUGUCCGUCUAUGGUCCGAUGAAUGGGGUCAAUGAACUGGGAAACAGUCCUUUGAACGGACUGCAGAUGAGUCAUGAGCUCACCAACCUCUUCGAGGCUGUUGGAGGCUUCAGCAGCUUCAUUGCAUCCGGUACAGCACCCGAAGGUAUACCCGGAUUUUGUCGAAGAAAUCAAAGCGAAGAGCUUCCAUCUUCGUUCGAUCCAUCGUUUUCCGUUUCGCUACUCGGCAACGUGUCGAGAGAGACAGGUUCGGCGUUGGCCGACGGCCUGGACAGGCUGGAUCUGAGUCAACUGUCUGAAUCAUCAGCCUCGUCGUCAUCCGAGUCCGGCUCGUUCGAUAUGUCGUCUUCGGAAGGGGCCCCGGAGUCAUGGAUCUCCUCGUUCUGCUCGCUGAUGGGUCAUGAAUUCUUCGCAGAGGUGUCGGAGGACUUUAUCGAGGAUGACUUCAACCUCACCGGUCUGCAGUCGCAGGUGCCCAUGUACAAGGAGGCGCUCGAGAUGAUUCUGGAUGUGGAACCGGAGGAGGAUGAAGACGAGGAGGAGGAAGAGGAGGAGGAGGAGGAGGAUGACGACGAGAUUCUCGGUGAUGAGCGACCCCCGGGCUACCGCAGAGCUGGGGACCGGAGACACGCACGGGUGGCCAGCGACCUGAGUGUGAUCGAAAGUUCUGCGGAACUGCUCUACGGCCUCAUCCACCAGCGCUACAUCACUUCGCGACCGGGAAUCCAGCAGAUGCUGGAGAAGUACGAAAUGCAGCACUUCGGUGUCUGUCCGCGCGCAUACUGCAAUGGAAGCAAGGUCCUACCCGUGGGCUGCUCCGACACCCCUGGACAAGAGACGGUGAAGCUGUUUUGCCCCAGUUGCCAGGAUCUGUACACUCCGCCCAACAGUCGUUUCCACUCGGUCGAUGGGGCCUUCUUCGGGACCACGUUCGGAUACCUCUUCUUCAUGACCUUCCCCGACCUGGACAUUGGCCCCCGUCUGGAUCCCUCCAUGUUAACCGUUGCACCUGCGCAUGCAAACAAUCAAUCUCGCUCCUCGUCUAUGACGUCUGGGGUCAACCGCGCGACUCCCGAUCUGCCGCCCCCGAACCAGCCAACGGAGAUCAACGGCGUGCGAACCGUCAACUUCUGCCCCGGUCUGGGACCAGGUAGGAUUUACGAAUCGAAGAUCUACGGAUUCCGCGUUUCGGAGCGAUCCAGAGUCGGUCCGCGCAUGAAGUGGCUGCGGAUGAAGCCGACGGAUAUCCGGGAGUUGGACGAGUUGGCGCAGUACGAGGCCAUCCACGGCUCAGCCAACAAUGCCGGCGAUACCGAGAUGAUUGUUGAAGCACAGAAUGCAGCCGCAAUCGCAGCUAGGAAGAAAGCGCCCAUGCGGAGACGGCGGCAUAAUCCCGAUCAGAUGAGCAUCAACGGGGUGGAAGGUUGA